AUGACCGUUACCUUCGACCAGCAUGAUCCUGCGUCGGAGAAGCACGAUGCCGCCUAUGGCCGUCCAUCAGUCUCUGGCCUGGACUAUUCUCCAUUGCCACGUGUGACUGGACGGUCCUGGGCCAUGGGUGGCUUGGUCUCAAUGGGUGGAUUGAUCUUCGGUUACGACACUGGUCAGAUCUCGGGUUUCCUUGAGAUGCCCGAUUUCCUGGACCGAUUUGGCCAAACCCACUCUGAUGGCACCAAGUACUUCAGCAAUGUCCGCUCCGGUCUCAUUGUCGCUCUCCUGUCCAUCGGUACUCUCAUCGGAGCCCUGGUGGCCGCACCCAUCGCCGACCGCAUUGGUCGCAGGCCCUCCAUCUCGUUCUGGAGUCUUAUUGUGUCCAUCGGUUUCGUUAUCCAGAUUGCGUCUGUCACGGCAUGGUAUCAGGUCAUGAUUGGCCGAUUCGUGUCCGGCCUGGGCGUUGGUGCCUUGAGUUUGCUUGUCCCCAUGUACCAGGCCGAGACGGCGCCUGCCUGGAUCCGAGGUGCCAUGGUCUGCGCUUACCAGCUCUUCAUCACCAUGGGCAUCUUCCUGGCCGCCUGCUUCAACUAUGGCACUGUCAAACACCAAGCUGACAGCUCAGCCAGUUGGCGGAUCGUCAUUGGCCUGGGCUGGAUCUGGACUCUGGUCUUGGGCUUUGGCAUCUUGCUUUUCCCCGAGACCCCUCGAUACGAUUUCCGACAUGGUCACGAAGAACGAGCCAAGCAGACCAUCUGCCGUGUGUACGGAGCCACAGAAAACCACUGGGCCGUCCACACCCAGAUCGUGGAGAUUGAGCGCAAGCUCCGCGCCGAAGACAAGAUCAAGACUAGCCCUAUCCAGGAGUUCGUCGGCAUGUUCAAGGCCCCUCGCAUGGCUUAUCGUAUCGCUCUCGGCAUGACUCUGCAGAUGUUCCAGCAGCUUACCGGCGCCAACUACUUCUUCUACUACGGCACGACCAUCUUCAAAUCGGUGCAGAUCAACUCCUUCGUCACCCAGAUCAUCCUCAACACCAUCAACUUUGCCGUCACCUUUAUUGGUCUGUACAUGGUCGAGCACUUUGGUCGUCGCAAGUCUCUCAUUGGCGGUUCCAUUUGGAUGUUCUGCUGCUUCCUGAUCUUCGCCUCUGUCGGCCACUUCAUGCUUGAUCUCAACGAUCCCGCAAACACACCCACGCCAGGUGUCGUCCUCAUCGUCUUCGCCUGUCUCUUCAUUCUUGGCUUUGCCACCACUUGGGGACCCAUGAUCUGGACCAUCCAGGCCGAGAUCUUCCCUUCACGCUACCGUGCCAAGGGUAUGGCGCUGUCCACUGCCAGCAACUGGAUCUGGAACUUUUGCAUCGGUUUCUUCACCCCGUUCAUUACCAGUGCCAUCGACUUUAGAUAUGGCUACGUCUUCGCUGCCUGCAACUUUGUUGGCGCCCUCAUCAUCUACUUCUUCGUCAUUGAAGGCCAGGGUCGCACCCUCGAGGAGAUCGAUACCAUGUAUCUCGAGCAUGUCAAGCCGUGGAAGAGCUCCAAAUGGGUUCCCCCGCCCCCGGAGCACAUGGCCAACAUCCGCAGAAAGGCGGGCGUCGAUCUCGACGUGCUUGCCGACCACGACAGCGAUACCCCCAUUACGGACAGUCACGAUAAGCAGGUUGCUCAUGACGUCCCGGCUCCUUCUCACGAGGAGCAUGUCUAA